AUGCUUCAAGAAUUAACAGAUUUAGAUUUCGACACAUAUUUCGAUGUCACUUCCAAUAAUCAACAUUCUCAGACACCUAAUAGUCAUGAUAUACUUUAUCAUGGUGACCAGCAAACAAAUAAUAAUCAUCACACUUUAAUGAAUAAUAACGAAAAUCAGAAUCGAAAUCUGUAUUAUUCACAACAACAACAACAACAACAACAACAACAGACUAGUUUCGAUUUCUUUAACUGGAAUAAUCUAAGUUCACAGUCUAACCUAGGUCGUUCUUCUUCAAUGCAAAUAUCACCCAUUAGUUCUCCUCAGUCUUCUUCAGAUGGAUAUACAUCUCACUCAUUAUCUCCUCAAAUGGCAAAUGGUUCACCUUUAUAUGCUUCAUUUGAUACAAGAAAUGAACCCAAUAAAACUUUAGAAGGCUUCUUUACAAAACGUAAUUUAUUUUCAUCUGAUCAUAACUUACAAAACGUACCUGGUAUAAAUAUCCCAACAACUCCUAUUUCAGAAAAUAAUACAACUAUACAUCAUGGAACGAUAACAAAUUUACCUUCUCCGCCUUUAGAUAAUAACCCAUUAUCAGGUGCUUAUUCAGCUAUUGAUCAAUGGGGACAACUAAAAGAACAAAAUAAUAAUAGUAUCCAUCCUUUAGAUAAAAAUACAGAUCAACAUACAACUAGAAAUUGGAGAAAAGCGUCUGUUAGACAUCAACAAUUACAUCAAUCUAUUCCAAAUACUACUCUAGAAUAUACUCGAAAUUUUACAGAACCAGGUAAACAACUCAAGAAAGUCGCUCAUAAUGCAAUCGAAAGACGUUAUCGAAACAAUAUUAAUGACCGUAUUCGAGAAUUAAAAAAUGUUGUACCAGCUUUAUACAAAGCUCGAAUCAAAGAAAGAGGGGACGAUGAUGACUCUAGUAUUGAUUCAGGUGAAGACGGUAAUAAUAAUAAUGAAGAAAUUGUCGAAGGCGUAGAGGUAGCCAAGAAGCUUAAUAAAGCAACUAUUUUACGUAAAGCAACUGAAUACAUUAACCACUUGAAGCAUACAAAUGAAACAACUGAGCAAGAAAACAUAAUCCUUCAACAAAUCAUUGCACAAAUGCCUGGUGGUCAAGACGUGUUGUCCCGUUUCUUGUGUCAAAAGAAUGAAUUCAAAAAAUCUGAACAAGAACGACUUAUUCGUGAACGUCGUGAAGCUCAAGAACGUGAAAAGUUAGAGAGACAACGUAUCUUACGUGAACGUGCCGCUCAACGAGCAGCAUUAGCUCAACUCUUACCAAAAACAGAAAGAAGACCCUAUCAACGAAGACAGUCUUCUAAAAAUAGCAGAAAAUCGCAACAAUCGCCUACUACUGAAGAUAACAAUGGGAAUAAAAUGUUUAUGGCUGCCUUUUUAUGUAUUGUCUUUUUUACUGCUCCUUCCUCUUCAGAUAAGCUGAAUCUUCCUCACCAUGUCAAUAAUCAGAGUAGUAAUACAAUCACACGUACAUUAGAUACUGCCACUUCCUUCUCUUCUUCCGAUUUUUGGUAUUAUGCUCGUUAUGCAUUCUAUACAUUCGGUAUUAUCUACAUUUGCCUUAUCCCUAUUUUCCUUCGUUGGCUACGUCCACGUCCAAUUAAUCGUUCUAAAAGGUGUCUUACGCAUCACCAUUAUGCGAGUGAAGUUCCUACAGCUUGGAGUCAACUUUAUACAAACUUGAUUGCUAUUGUUAAUAAAUCCACUAUUGUGAAACCUAUGACGACUCAUACUACUCUUUUAGAAAUUUUAUCAAUGCUAUAUGAUAUUAUCAUUUAUAGUCUUUCCUUACUCACCCCUCGUUUUCUAUUGACUAUUUUCCAUAAAAACGCAAAGCCUGUAGGUUGUCCUGAGGAAUUAGCUUAUAUCGGUGCCUGGAUUCGUUUAAAUGAGGUUGAAUGUUUAGGUGCUAAUCCCGAUAUAACACGCCUUGGUUUGUUACAUUCUUGUGUUGGUAUGCUCUCACAAUUACACAAAAUGAAGCGAGAUGAAAGACAUGUUAUUUACUGCGAAGCAAAUACAAUGGCACGUGUAUACGCUACUACAGCUAUGCAAUUGGAACUUUGUUUACCUCAAUUUAUCUCUACUUAUAUUACAUCCUUUUGUUGGAAACGUGUGAUCUCAGCAAUGAACCAACAACAACAACAACAACAACAUGUGAAAAAAGAAGAUAUAAGCAAGCCAUCAAAGACUUCAUCCUAUCAACUAAUUACAAACGAAUGGCUCACUUCACCGUGCCAUGAUCAAGUACGCUAUAUCCUACAAGUUCGCAAUGGCUUUAUUACCGCAUCAGGUCAUGAUAUGAUUGAUAGUGCUUGUCGAAAUACUUUUUAUUCCUUUGUACUUCCUUAUAUCACCUCUCCUCUUGAUCUAGUUCUCUAUUGGCAACAAUUAAGUGAACUCGAACAAUGUUGGCAUUCUUAUUUGAAUGGAACAAGACCUGUAUUUUCUGAAAAGCAAUUGAAUCACGUUCUUCUUGUUUCUGCUACCACGACUGCUCCUGCUCAUAUGCUUCAAUGGUGGAUCCGAGUAGGUCUAGUACUAGAAUCACUUAGUAACAGUCAAGACUCUCUGGAUGUUCUUGCCGAGUAUACCCGAACCCAAGCCAUCAGUCAUCCAUCCUCUAAUCUUUUACGCCGUCAUCAGUCCAUGAUUCUUUAUCUCUUAGAGGCCACGACUGCCUUAAGAAAGCAUUCUCAGAUUGAAGAAGUACCCCAGUUUCUACAAUCCGCCAUGAAUGAUCGAUCUGCCUCCCUUGAAUGUAUCAAUCAAAUCGCCUCUAUUACAAAGAAUGAUAACUUGGAAGCAAGCGUACUCACCCUUUCGACCUUGGCAGUUCAAUUGAGAACACUAAAGGCACUUAUUAUUCAUCAACAAACAACCAGUGCUGAUAAGAAUAACGAUAAGGAUUUGCUUGCCAUUCAAGCAUCCCGCUAUAUCGCUGAAUUAAGGGAUCAAAUUAUGCAAGAUAUGGAAUCACCUUGUAUUAAAUCAUCUCUGUCAGUUAAAUGCAAGAAACAUAUUCAAUCUUAUAUCGCACAAGCAGAUGAUACCCUCAGUCUUUAA